AUGCAGGAACUGGAAGAGAAAACGGACGAGCCGUCGAGUGGACGGGGGCCCAACACCACUUUGCCAGUCAAAGCCCACUGCUACAACUACUACGAGUCAAAGUCCUCUCGCUGGCUAGGUUUCCUCGCCGCCGAAAUGAACCCGAGCGAGGACGGCGCCCGCCGCCGCCGCCGCUCCCAAACCCACGCGAGUGACGAGGCCGUCGGAGUGAUCCGCCGCCGCAGUCCGCGCCUCCAUCCCCAGGUUCACCCGAGCGAGGAGGGAGACGGAGCGGCUCGCCGCCGCAGCCCGCGCCCCCGUUACCAGACCCGCGGGACUGGUGAGGGCGCUGGAGUGAUCCGCCGCAGCUUCCCGGCUGCGCUGGCCUCGCCGAUCGAAGACGAAGACCUCCUGAUGGAGAUCCUCCUUCGUCUCCCGCGGCAGCCCUCCUCGCUCAUCCGGGCCUCCGCCGUCUGCAAGCAGUGGCGGUGCGCCGCCACCGACCCCAAGUUCCUCCGCCGCUUCCGCCUCCACCAUCGGAAGCCGCCCCUCCUCGGCCUCUUCCACCAGCGCAACCAUGAUAUCGUCUUCACCCCCACCAUGGACCGUCCCGACCGAAUCCCUCCAAAGCGUUUCGACCUGCAUCAGCAUCUCGACAGCCACAACAUGGGGGCGGUCCAACUUCUCGAUUGCCGCCAUGGCCGCGUCCUUCUCACGGACAAACGGCGGGAUGAGCUCAUCCUAUGCGACCCUAUCAUCGGUGAGCAGCGCCUCAUGGCUGUUCCUCCAGAGUUCGUAAGAAAAUACUUCAACGGGACUGUGCUUUGUGCUGCCAUCGACCAUGACCAUGUGCACGAAAGCUGCCACUCGAGCCCCUUCAAGGUGGUGCUGAUCUAUCUCGGAGGGGAUAAUCAACUUACCGUGUGUGUUUACUCCUCUGAGACUGGCGUAUGGGGUGAUAUCAUUUCGACAACCGCUUCAUAUCAUCUUUCUGACUAUGGUAUCCCUGGCUUGCUUGUUGGUAAUUCGCUUUACUGGUUGCUGGAUAUUAUAGGGGCUGGCAUACUUAAGUUUGAUUUGGAUGAGCAGAGCCUAGCUGUGAUCAAGGGGCCUCUUGUUACAAAUGAUUUUAGCCGUGGUAGUUGCAUCAUCCAGGAUGAGGAUGGCACGCUUGGCUUCGCCAUAUUGUCUUACCCUCACUUACAAAUGUGGCAGAGGAAUAUCAUUUGCCAUGGUGUUGCCACAUGGGUGCUAUGGAAGACCAUUGACAUGCGUACAAUUCUUGGGCUCCCUAAACAGAUUCAAGGAAAGAGGACGCUUAUAAGAAGUAUACUGGGAUGCCUCGAGGAUUGUGACGAAAUACUUCUAUCUGUGGAUCGUGGUGCCUAUAUGGUUCAACUUAAGUCGAUGAAGUCUAGGAAACUUUGUGAAAACAGUUAUUUAACUUGCUAUCAUUCUUUCAAGAGUUUCUAUCCUCCAGGAACAUCCAUUGCUGGUGGAUGUGAUGGAAAUGAUGCAUGCUACACAAGGUGA